UGGUUUGGGUUUUUUUCCAGAGUUGGGACCAUGGCCGUUGACUGGAUUGGUUUUGCAUACGCUUCAUUGCUGGUGGUUGGAGGUCUGGUAGCAUACAAUCGUAAAGGUAGUAAAAUCUCUUUAGCUGCUGGACUCACCUUUGGCUCCGUGGCUGCUUAUGGAGCUUACUGUGUAACAUGUGAUCCGAGAAAUGUGAAGAUAUCACUGUUUUCAUCUUUUCUUUUGACCAUUAUAAUGGGAAUGAGGUUCAAGAGGUCCAAGAAAUUAAUGCCAGCCGGACUAGUAGCAUGCCUAAGCCUUUUGAUGAUUUUGAGGCUCGUUUUUAUGCUGCUGUAGGAGAAUUUAGAACCAAAUAUGACUGCCAUGCCCAUCAAACAGACAUAUUCUCCAUACUUGAAAGACAAGUUUGAACACAAGUCUUAUACUGCAUUUAUAUUUUCUGUAAAAGAUCUGUACCUGUUAUUUGGUUAUUGACAUGUGCUGAUAACUCAAAAGCUUUUUUAAAAAACUAAAGCAAGGGUUUUGCUGGUAUAUUUUGAUCUACUUUCAUUUAAGCAGUCUGUUAACUCAUGGGAUCUUUCUCUGUAAGUUUGAGCUCUUUUAGGGGUGCAGAGCGCCCCAGGAAAUUGAAUUACUCUUGCACUGUAUCUCUGAAAGAAUAUAUAUAAAUACAUGUUUAUGUUAAAAAGAUAUCUUAUAUUGAAGUAAAAUUUUGUAGUUUCUGAGAUUAAAUAAUCAGCUCUAAAUCAAAAAAGUCUUGUGCCUGUACUGUGUUGCACUAGAAAACCAACUUCCUUUCCAACACAUGUUCCCCUGGUUUAAAAUAUAAAAAAUCAGUGUUCAAAUAAAAUGUAAAAUGUUUGAAGUUUAUCAGUUUUUUAAGCAGAUGAGUGAGCCAGCUUGCCAAUGGAAGAGUGUGCUUUUUACUCAGUAGUGGUUUAAAGCACAUACUGUGCUGUAAAUGACCAGUGGCAUGAACCGUGGCUGAGGUUCAUCAUGCUGAACAGAGAGGUUCCAAACUCUCAGUAUUCUGGAAAUGGUUUGCCAUUCCAGUCUCACACAGUUUAUCUUGCUGAAGUCCUCCCACCCCCUGUAAGCAGAAGAGACCGUUCAGUCAUAAAAACUGUUGAGGGAUUGAAGUUGCUUUGAUUUAUGUACAAAAUAAAUAUUCUUGGGGUCUCAAAGCUUGGCUAAGACUGUCUUCUGGUGUACAGGGAAUAUCAGCAA